AUGCCACGACUUGAACUUUGUGCAGCCUUACUAGCAGUAGAUGUAGCAGAAAUUGUCAACAUGCAUCUAAAUUUAAAAUUUGCAAUCACAAAGUUUUAUUCAGACAGUAUGAUUGUACUGGGCUAUAUCAAUAACCAAACGAGGCGUUUCUACAAUUAUGUGACCAAUCGUGUUGAGCGCAUUCUACAAACAUCUAAUCGCUCUCAGUGGAAUUAUGUGAAAUCGACAGAGAACCCAGCAGAUCUAGGGACACGUGGUUUAAACUCGACUCAAGAUUUGUAUCAUGGAUGGUUGAGAGGACCAGAAUUUCUCCAUCUUAACACAGAAACUGUCAAUGAAUCUUUUCCUCUCAUUAACCCAGAGCAAGACAAAGAAAUUCGUGUCAGUGUCAAUAGAACAGUGAUUGAAGAUUUUAACCUGACUAAGAACUUUGAAAGAUUUUCCAGCUGGAACUCCUUAGUUUCUGCAAUAACUGUGUUCAAAACUUUUAUUAGACAGAAAAAACAGAUUGUGUCAGAUCCUGCUACUAUCAGACGAGACAGCGAAUUAUCCAUCGUCAAAGAAACCCAGCGAACCUUCUUCUCGGAUUAUAUGUAUUGUUUGCAGCAUAAGAAACUUCUACCACGUGACAGCCCUGUGCUUAAAUUGUGUCCUUACCUUAGUGAAGAUGGCAUCAUGAAGAUUGGUGGUAGAUUGAAUCUUAGCGUACUUCCUGAGGAACUGAAGAAUCCAAUCAUUAUUCCUAAGAAGUCUUAUGUGACUAAAUUACUUGUACAACAUUUUCAUGAAAGAUCAGGGCAGACACGUUACAGAAGAAGAUUACGAGGGAAGUUUGAAAGUCAAAGGAUGGCAGAUUUACCACCAAACAGAAUUACUCCAGGACCUCCAUUUAGUGCAGUGGGAGUAGAUACCUUCGGGCCCUGGACCAUAGUCACACGUAAAACAUAUGGAGGACAAGCUGAGAGCAAACGUUGGACUAUUAUGUUUAAAUGUUUGACAACUAGAGCAAUUCAUAUUGAGUUAGUGGAGUCUAUGCCGAGCUCAUCUUUCAUCAACGCAUUGCGUAGAUUUAUUGCACUUCGUGGGAACGUGUUGUUAUUUCGAUCAGACAGAGGUACUAACUUUAUUGAUACUACAGCAGAUCUUGGGAUUGGUGUAACAAAAGGAUCAGUGAAGAACUACCUAGAGAAAUCAGAUUGUUCGGACAUUCAAUGCUCCCCACUCUUCCCACAUGGGAGGAGUGUGGGAGAGAAUGAUCAGCUUAGCGCGCAGAAUUGCCCAUCAGAAUGGAUUGAACAUGAUUCCAAGUGUUACAAGUUUGAGUUUCACCCACAACAGCCGUGCCUGAGAGCUGCAGAACUCUGUAAGGAAAAUGGAGCAGAUCUUCUCAGUGUGGAGAGAGUGUUGGAGCAUGUAUUUGUCAGGAAUUGGUUACUGAACUUUGACAUAGAGAGGAAUAGUUGGUAUACCAGUGGAAUUGUCUCCCUUGAGGAAGGCGAUUCUCUUGACUUGGAAGGCUUGGAGAACCAGCUGAGCGGAAGUAUAAAGUGGGCAAAAUACUCGGAACAAACUGACCAAGGAUUCCGUGUUAUCUACCAUUACUCGGAUGGACAAUACAGCUGGACACAAGGAGAUGGCAAACAAUCGCUCAGUUACAUUUGUGAAAUUCAAAAGACUGAGGUGUAUAGAAUAUUACAAGAUGUACGGGACUUCACGUAUGGAACAGACUAUCCGGAUGAGGAAUCAGUCCCUAAAGGGCCAAAGUUCUACCGACUUCCAACGGACACGGAAAUUCUGGGAUCCACCUCUGAAGUUCAUCUAGAGUGUGCGGCAUCUGGUGUUCCCCCGGCUACGUAUCAGUGGACAGUUUCACAGGGAACUGGACAGGCUCUGUCCGUAGUGGGCCCACGUUACACUUUGACCAAUGGACUGGUCAGCAUCAGUGACCCCCAGGUCACCAUGGAUGAGGGAGAAUAUCAGUGCCUGGCUCAGAAUAAGUUUGGAGUGAUUCUCACACCCCCUGUAGUGUUGGACUUUGCAGAUUUAGGAGAAUUUUCCAAUGUUGAUACGGCCCCUGUUCGUCCACCAGAAUACCAAGGAACCGUGAUACAAUGUCCAAAGAUUUCCUCCACCUCCAGUCUGCCUAUCAGUUAUAACUGGAUACAGGACCAAACACAGCCCGUGAACCCCCAUUUGAGGCCCUACUUAUUUUUAUCUAGCGACGGACAGCUUUACUUCUCGGAAGUGUCACGAGCAGAUAGCGGCAUGUACUACUGUAUGGCAACGCUGGCCACCAGUCAAAGCAAUUACAGGGGAUCUUUCCAAUCUCCCAGUCGCAUCAGCACAAGGAUACCUUUACAGGUGUCAGGCGCUCCUUCAGGAAUAUUUGGUGUUCAAAUUCCUGAUAGCUUCAUCAAAGUGUUUCCACGGCAACCAGUGGUAGGCAGUGAUGUCAAAUUAGAAUGCUUUGCAUAUGGGAGUGGUCCACUUGUAUAUCAAU